UCAUGGUGUCCUGAAAGAUUACUCUUCAAGUGGCUCCAGAGCCCUAUAUAUAUGGUAACCUGUCAAGAAUCCGUAGACAGCAUAUUGCUAAGCUAACGCGUACUGGUUUAACCAUAGUUAAGCUAAGCACAGAACAAAAAUGUCGCCGCGAACCCAGCUGGCUCUUCUACCUCUCGCCACACUACUACUCCUCGUCGCCACUCCCUUCCUCGCCUAUGCGCAGCAGACGGCGCCGACCGACCCGGCGGCCACGGAUGUCUGCGCGGACCCGUCGGUGGACGGCGCCUGCCACAACGUCCCGAAGGCGCUGCGCCUGAAGCUGAUCGCCAUCCCGACGAUCCUCGUCGCCAGCGUGAUCGGUGUGUGCCUGCCGCUCUUCUCCCGCUCCGUGCCGGCGCUUAGGCCCGACCGCAACCUCUUCGUCGUCGUCAAGGCCUUUGCGUCGGGGGUCAUCCUCGCCACGGGGUACAUGCACGUGCUCCCGGACUCCUUCAACAACCUCAGCUCCCCGUGCCUGCCGAAGAAGCCGUGGGGCGACUUCCCCUUCACCACCUUCGUCGCCAUGCUCGCCGCCGUGUUCACGCUCAUGGUGGACUCGCUCAUGCUCACCUUCUACAGCCGGAGCAGCAAGGGCGGAAACACCUCUGGCCGACGCGCGGGCGCCGCGGUCGCCGACCACGAGAGCUCGGCGCACGGGCACUGGCAUAGCCACGGCCACGGCCACGGGGACAUCGUCGCGGCUGAGUCCGCGGUGGUCCCCAAGCCCGACGGCGACGAGGUCAGCAAGGUGCAGCUGCGCCGGAACCGCGUGGUCGUUCAGGUUCUUGAGAUGGGCAUCGUGGUGCACUCGGUGGUGAUCGGCCUGGGCAUGGGCGCGUCCCAGAGCGUGUGCACCAUCCGGCCGCUCGUGGCCGCGAUGUGCUUUCACCAGCUCUUCGAGGGCAUGGGCCUCGGUGGCUGCAUCCUGCAGGCCGAGUACGGCAUGAAGAUGAAGUCGGCGCUGGUGUUCUUCUUCUCCACGACGACGCCGUUCGGGAUCGCGCUGGGGCUGGCUCUGACCAAGGUGUACAAGGAGAACAGCCCCACGGCGCUGAUCGUGGUGGGCCUGCUGAACGCGGCGUCGGCGGGGCUGCUGCACUACAUGGCGCUGGUGGAGCUCCUGGCCGCCGACUUCAUGGGUCCUAAGCUGCAGGGCAGCGUCAGGCUCCAGCUCGUCUGCUUCCUCGCCGUCCUCCUCGGCGCCGGCGGCAUGUCCGUCAUGGCCAAGUGGGCGUGACGUACGCCGAUCGACACGGAGAUAUGUAUAAUGUAUGUGCACGUACGCACUGUUCGAAGUAACCUUGUCGUAGACUUGUGGUAGAGUCAAGUUGUUCAGUUUGUAGCUCGGGUUUUAGCUCAGGUUCAGAGUAUGUUCUUUUCAGUUAGCGUCAGAGUCCCGUUGUUGUUGUUUUCAUCAGGCGUUUUCAGAGACCGCUGCGUCGGGACUGAAGCGCCAAAUGUGGCCUGCGUCAUGCAGUUGGUUCGCGAUGAGGCCGGGCAUAGUGGACUGGUUCCCUAGGCAUACCCAUGCAUGGAUGUGAUUGUAUCGUGGCCAGAAGAAUCGGGGUGUCGUGUGUGUGUCUGUUCUCCGUCAGAAUAAAAGGGGAGAAGAUAACAGAAAAGUGC